CAUGGAGGUGGAACCAUAAUGCUAUGGGGCUGCUUUUCUGCCAAUGGACCUGGCAGCUUGGUUAAAGUGGAAGGAAUCAUGAGGAAAGAUCAGCACAUCAAGAUUCUUCAAGAAGUCCUCAAGAAGGCAGCAGAGAACCUGGACCUGGAGGAGCAUUGGACCUCUCACCAGGACAAUGAUCCAAAGCAUACGGCGAAGAUGGACAGUGAAACAUUUGCAAAGGUGGAAUGGUCCACAAUUCCUGUCGAUACGUGGAAGAAGCUUGUGAGCAAUUAUAAAAAUCCUUUGGAGGCUGUGAUAAAACAUAAGGGGUUUGCAACUGAGUAUUGAGUUCACCCGUGUUCCCCUGACUGCGACGUGCAGUGACAAACAUGGAGACGGAAAGACCAGCGAAGCUGGAGUUUGCUGUUCAGAUGACAUGUCAAAGUUGUGCGGAUAAAGUCCGAGCUGCUGUUGAGGGUAAACCGGGUGUCCACUCAGUCGCCAUCGAUGUUGCUAAAGAGGAAGUGCUGGUGGAGUCGACCCUGACAACUGCCGAGGUUCAGGCUCUAAUUGAAAGUACAGAGCGAAGGGCAGUGCUCAAGGGCAUUGGAGGUUCUGAGCCCGAUUUGGGAGCAGCGGUCGCCAUGUUGGCAGGAGCAGGAAAGAUCCAGGGUGUGGUUCGAUUCCUCCAGCUCUCUGCAGAACGCUGUCUGAUUGAUGGGACUGUGGAUGGACUGCAACCUGGACCGCAUGGACUCCAUGUUCACACACUUGGCGACCUCACAAAUGACUGCCUCAGUUGCGGAGAUCACUACAACCCUUAUGGAAAACCACACGGUGGUCCCGGAGACUCUAACCGGCAUGUCGGUGACCUGGGAAAUAUUGUUGCUGGAGCUGACGGAAGAGCUUCAUUCAGACUAGAAGAAGAUCAGCUGAAGGUGUGGGAUGUGAUUGGUCGAUCGUUGGUCGUGGAUGCAGGGGAGGACGACCUGGGUCGAGGUGGUCACCCUCUCUCCAAACUGACAGGAAAUUCUGGUGAACGACUGGCGUGUGGAAUAAUCGCCAGAUCAGCCGGACUCUUCCAAAACCCAAAGCAGAUUUGUGCCUGCGAUGGGGUGACCUUGUGGGAGGAGAGAGACAGGCCGAUCGCAGGCAAAGGGCGAAACAAAACCAAUACAGAGACACCAGCAGCUCACCUCUGAUCUAUGGUCGAUAUUUAGCGGUGAAAAGGAAAUCAUCGAUGUGAAAUUUGACUAAAGUAAGGUUGCUUCUAGAAUAUCUGACUGCAGUGGAGUUCCAGGAUGUCAGGGUCUAACCAAAUGUGCUUUAUUUCCUGAAAAGAUCAUGAUCUUUUUGCACAGCGAUAUGAUUGAUUGUGAUAAUAAUGGGGCGUCUGAAUGUAAAGAUAGUCUAAUUGUGCCUCAUGUAUGUUGUUGAUCUGCUGAUGAGAAGCCUUUUCUACCAAUACAUGCUUAUCAUUUCACGUUUCACCCAUCAGACUGCUGCUGAUCUGAGGCAUUUUUAGUCUCGUGUGGUCAGCGCAGACCUUCGCUGUGAGGACGACUCCAGUUAUUUUUGUUUCUUCUCCUACACACAGCUGAAAGACAAAGCUCUGCAGCCAGGAUGCCUUUUGAAAACUAAAAUUAGUUGAUGGAAGCUUUAUUUCUGUGCAUCCUCAUUUCAAACGUAGGCUCUGGGUUGUUACUCAUUCACUGUUUUGAAAGUGUUAAACUACUAAAUAGUGUAUUAUUGACCAACAUAUUUUAUUGUCAAUGUCGUGUUUUGAUUAUUGUUUUGACUUGCGAUACUGCAAUCACUGUUCAGAUCUGCAGCCAGUUAUCAGGUGGUCAUAAUGUUAUAGAUAACUGAGUGACUGAAUUAAAAUGCUGUGUUGAAA